UCUGAGAGCAAUUUCUAUGAUUCUGCUGUUUACAUAUUCUAUAUAUGCAUCAAGUUGGUUCAAAUUAAACUCAGAAAGUUGUGAGCAAAUUUUUCAUAUUAUUAGAUCUUCAAACUUUCACUUCAAGUGCCAUGGCAAACUAUGGAGCCAAACAGAGAAUACCUUCCUCUCCACCAGCACCAUCAUCCACUGACCCUCAUGAACAAGAACCAAAAGGGUCUCGAGAAAUUUUCUAUGCCAACUUCCGAAUCUACUGCCCCAUCAACAUACCAUCGACAUCAGAAGCUGCAGGAGUUCGAAUCAUGAGAAACAUAGGGAGUUUUGGCUUGUACUACACACUCUUUGUGUGGAUCAUACUCUUCAUAACCCUCAUCCCUAAGCGUAAGGUGUCCUUGAUUCUGCUGGUGAUCAUGACCUAUGUCACAACCAUUUACUGUUUAAUUCUGAGGGCGUUUCCAAACUCUGUUGUGCUUCACAGGAUCAUAGAUAAAAGGGUUGUGUUGACUUUGCUGGCAGUUGCAACUGCACUGCAGCUGAUUUUGACAGAGGCUGGUAUUCAUCUUGCAGUGGUUUUGGCUAGUAGUGUUCCUUUGGUUUUGGUUCAUGCUGUUUUGUGGGCUAGUUUUGAUGCCUUUGAGGUUGAGACUGCUUCUGCUAAAGGAGAAAUGGUUCCUCUCACUGGCCAUGAUGAAAGUGUUGCUGAGAAUUAUUCUGAUGCUGUUUAAAUUUGUGUGGCCUCAGUCUUUACUGUCAUUAUUUCGUUCUAUCUAGGUCUUUUUUACAUAAACAUGAUGGAUGAGUUUUUUUUGUUUUUUGUAGAAGAAAAUCAUUGUUAUCCUUCAAAUAAUAUUACUAAAAGAAUUAAAUACAUGGUUGUAAUAAAAGCAGGCAAAUGCAUCCAUAUGCCCCAAAGUCCAAUUGAUUGUGAUGUACAACAAAAAUGAUAAUUAAUGCAUCUUUUCAAAA